AUGCGUGCAAAAACCGAUAUCUAUGCUAUCUUUGAACAUCCCACUCACUACCGCAGUAUAGCUGGUGCGUUGCAGUAUUUGACUGUGACUCGCCCUGAUUUGUCUUAUGCAGUUAAUAGGCUCUGUCAGCACAUGCAGUCUCCUACCACGGUUUAUUGGAGUCUGAUGAAGCGUGUCUUGCGGUCUCUGUCUUCUGCUGUUCAUGCUUUUUCUGACUCGGAUUGGGCUGGCAAUCCGGAUGAUAGGAAGUCUACCAGUGGUUUUGCAGUCUAUGUGGGUAGCAAUUUGGUUUCCUGGUCGUGUCGGAAGCAGCGCACUGUGGCGCGUUCUUCUACUGAGGCUGAAUACAAGGCCUUGGCCGAUGUCUCGGCUGAGGUUACGUGGCUUGUUUCGCUGCUUAGAGAAAUUGGUUUCCCGCCGGCUUCUGCGCCAACUCUGUGGUGUGACAACUUGGGUGCCACCUAUCUGUGUUCAAACCCGAUGUUUCAUGCCCAGACGAAGCAUGUGGAGAUUGAUUACCACUUCGUUCGUGACAAGGUAGCCAAGAAGGAGAUUGAGGUUCACUUUAUUUCUACAAAGGAUCAGCUGGCAGACGUUUUCACCAAGGCUCUUCCGUCUACUCGGUUUUCUUUCCUGCGAGACAAACUUAAUGUUGCGGCUGCCUCGCCUUGA